AUGAGAAUAAUUUCACCAACAUGUGAACUAAAGCCUCCAGUAAAAGGCGCCAUUCAGAACAUAGAAGAGCAAGUCCAAAACCUAACAACACAUGCGGAAAUUCGAGAGCUACGACAAUAUUUGAAAGAUGAGGUCGCAAAAGUUCAGAACACUGUUGAAGAAAUUCUUCAUAUUCUGCUGAAUAAAACAAGAAAAGGUAUAUUGACAGAACCAAUUUUAAUAUGUUUUGAAACGGAAAUUGAUCAUGGAAACAGUCUUAUUGCAUUGGCGCAUUGCUGUAAUAACAAGCUUCUGUAGGCUACGUCGGUAGGAAUGGAUGCAACUACCUGAAAAAUAUAUGUUAUAUACUAGCUUACUCCACACGGCUUAAGGCUUUCGCUCGAAACGUCGUAAUUCUCCUUAUAUUUUCAGGUAGUUGCAUCGCUACCAAUUACGAAAGCUUGUUAUCACAGUAUUGAAACUAUACCUACAUACUAUAGCCAGCUCUGGCACCGACAGUUCAAGAUUAUUGCAUUGCUCACUGUAUUAACACGAAAAAGUUACGAGUUAAGUCCAUUUUUUUAACAUUUAUGUCGUCAAUUUUCGUCCAAAGUGCAAGUUUCAGUUUACGAUCCGUGCGGUGGCGUUGUUUUGUCUUAUGCAACUGCAUGCAUGCCUAUAUCAGUAUAUAAGUUAGCUCAAAAUUGAUUAGUAUAUAUAUAUAUAUAUAGGUAAUCAUGCGAUGGCGAGUACAAUUAGGGAUUAAUAGUACGAGUGAUGUUUGGAAAUUUUGCCAAAAUUGGACGAGCCGCCGGGGCGAGUCCAAUUUUAAGUUUAAUUUACAAACAUCGCGACGAAACUACAAUGUUACCGACAAUAUUGGGGGGUGUCUCCCCCCCAUACCCCCCCCCCCACACACACACACACACACACUAGUUUUGGCCCUGUUCAUGUAGUUUAUAUGUGCAAAUAUUUGACUUAAUUCGUAGCGCUGACGGAGCUGCAUGCAGUAAUUCAUACAGCGUCACACUGCAUGUAGUUUUAAUGUUCAAAAUAUCUCCAGUAUACUAGUCUCAUUAGGCAAUCGUUAUAUUUUAGGUAAAUGUGUCACGAAUGGAUCAAUAUCAAACCCACAAAACACAUCCAAGCCAACAUACACAUCAAUCCAAAUGGAAGGUAUGAUCUUUAUCACAUAUAUAUAUAUAUAUAUAUAUAUAUAUAUAUAUAUAUAUAUAUAUAUAUAUAUAUAUAUAUAUAUAUAUAUAUAUAUAUAUAUAUAUAUUGACCUAUGAAAUAAAGAUUGAUAAGAAAUCAUGCAAACGAAACUUCAAACCGAUAUUUUAGUAGAAAUAAGCAAACCAAUUCGUGUCAUUUUUAUACAUAAACAUUUUUAUACAUUUAAACAUAAAAAAGUUCCUGUUAUGUGAUUGAACCCUACAAUCACUGUUAAAAUAUACAACUCUAAAAUUAAACUAGAGUAAAAUAAUGAACCCAAAACGACUCAAAAUUUUGAGUAAAAUUAUUCGAUCCUAUGAGCGCACUUGCCGAACUUUUUAAUAAUAAAAUUUCAAAUUUACACAAUUUUCUGAGUAAAGAUCUACUUUACUCAAGAAUAUGUUUAAAAUUUCUCCUAACGAUUUUACUGUAUAUUUUGAGUCGUACUCAAGUUUUUUAGUCAAAUUCAAAAUACUCAUGCAAGGAUUUUAGGAAGUGAUAAAUUAUAAUCAAAGCAUUUGAUGAUAACUUAAUUACAUCAUCAUCAUCCUACAUUUCUCCUCAUGCAAAAGAGGCCAGGCCUAGCUCCUUGUCGCAACAUUCCACGGUUUUCUUCUAUGCAAAGCCAAGUCUUCCUCCAUAUCAUUCCUACCAUAGUCUUCCUUUACACAAACUAUCCAUCGUUUCCCCGCUCUAUACCGCGCGUGGUCGUUUUCCCGUCUUCCGUUCUUUGCCCAUCACGUGAUAUAACGCGGCCGUAGUCUUCUAACAUGCCCAAAAAAAUAUCUAAAUUUUGCUUCCCUGUGUUUCACUGCCAGCCGAAAAAAGAUAUUUUUAUUCUAAUUUUAUUAUUUUACAACAUUUCGUAACCAAAUUUUGCUAUUUUACUGAUUUUAAUAAGUUCUUUACGGUAAUUUACUUUUUUUGCCUAAAUCAAAAAUUAGUCUAACAUGCAAGUUGUCUAUUGGAGUGAACAAAAUAAUACGAACAUAUAUAGCAGUGUAUAUAUUACCGUAACCUGCAUAGUGUCAGGCUUUAUUUUACCACAGAGCUUGACACAAAUCUUAAUCGCUCACUCUCCAUCCAAAGUAAAGUUUAUCGGGUAUCCAACCAAAAUGUUCCAGGGAAAUUGUCAAUUUUGCAUAAUAACAACAACAAAUCUAAUUAUAAUUGAAACUGCUAAAUCAGUACUAUAGCAUUAACAAAAUUCGUCUAAUAGACAAAUUAUAGGUAAAAAGCCGGUAUUUUGUUUUUUUUUACGUGUCGUCAUAGUUCAUGGUAAGGAAAAAUGGCCUGGUAUACUCAGGCUAAUAUUACUAUAAGAAGAGAAGAAGAGGUAGCUAGUGCAUUAAGAUUAAUAUAUAGUGGAGUUUGAAUGUUGGUGAAACAGUCCGACACCCUCGUACAUGCACCUGCUUUACAUCAUAUGUACCUUACUAUAAUUUUCAAGUUACGUGACAUUAAGGUCACUAUAGAUACGCCGGAUUAUUCACCACACCUAAACAUGCACCUAAAAGCUUGUCUCUCAAAUGCCACCUUCGGAGUUGUCAGUAGCAAUACGCAGAUUAAUUAAAGUAAUAAAAUAAGCUUAGCUUGUUUAGUUGCCGGCUUUAAGAGUUUGGUAAUUGAGGCAUGGGCUAUGGAAUGUUAGGGAGGAGAGGCGCGGGAAAAGCGAAAAUGCCCACAUUUUCCAUAUUCUCCAUAUCUUUUAUUGGUUAAAUUUGAAAUAUAUUUUUGUUAUGUCAUAAUUUAUUUUCUUUGAAGAUGUUGUAGUUACAAUAAAACUUUAGAUAGGUAAAUAGUUUUUAUACCAUGUGAAAAGUUGAUUUAUCUUUAAUUCCUAUAAGGUAAAGACUGCGCUGAUUUAUUCGAGAAAGGAAUAAAUGCUAGUGGAGUGUACAAGAUUGACCCAGAUGGCCUUGGUAGUUUUAAUGUUUUCUGUGAUAUGGCCACAUCUGGGGGAGGAUGGACUGUAUUUCAACGUCGUCUUGAUGGAAGUGUCGAUUUCUACCGAGGAUGGAAAGAUUACAAAAAAGGCUUCGGCAAUCUGAAUGGAGAAUUUUGGCUCGGUUUGGAUAAGAUCCACAGACUAACAGCAGCUGUUUCUCUAACGGCACUUCGUUUUGACAUGGAAGACACUUCUGGGAAUAGGCGAUACGCAUGGUAUGAUUCGUUUGCUAUCGGUGAUGAGCAACAAAAGUAUGAGCUGAGCGUUGGAGGCUACGUUGGUAGGAAAUUUGGCUAAAUAUGUAUAACUUGUAACAAUGGGGAUUACAAUAUAACUCAUUGGAUUCUUCUGAGCCCAGUAUGACAAAAUAUUAAGUCGAGACAUAAUAUUUUACCAUAUUGGGCGGAAAGAAAUCUAAUAGAUGUUUUAUUAUAUCGAAUAAAACAAUUCUAUAAGAAACACUAUCCUUUGUAAGCGAUAAUAAUACAGCGAUAAUAAUACAGAGAUAUAGCAUGCAUCACAUAGAGGUGACGAAAUUGCUUAUAUGACGAAAUAAAUACGUUAAUAACCUAGUUUUAAAAACAAUUAAAUGUCUAUAUAAAGAACCUCAAUUCCAUGUACUGUAUAUUAGCUAAGUAUUUUCGAAAGGUGAUUACUAACCUCACGACUGUUGUAAACAAAUGAAUUUCGCGCGAAGAAAAGUUUUUGCCAUGCUUUCAUGAUUUCGAACAAAACUGGUAGAAAAAUUACAGUCUUAAUGCUCCAAGACGUGGGGCUCUUCAGUGACCAAUUACAUCUAGUUUACGCUCACUUAUAUUACCUAGACUUUACAAAAAUUGUGUUAUUACUUUCCUAACUAUGUUUAUCCUAAUUCACCUUAUAAACUUUCUCUGUGGAAGGAAAUCGGAGGGCCCGGAGAAAAUUCAGAUCACGACUUUCAACAGAGGGUUGACAGACUCUUUCCACAUGAGUCCGUACAGCGUCUGUAGCGAGACUCGAAUCCACAAUCGCAGAGGUGAAAGACGCUUGCUCUGCAGGCGACCGCGCCACUGAAAUCCCGAAAUAUAGGAAUUACAAACGAAUUUUCCAGAACUUGUAAAAAUUUGAGACCCCAAAACCAAGUUGCGACACUAAUCUCAUUGCUAUAAUAUUUUCUUCAAUUAUUUUUUGUAAUCUCCACGAUUAUAGUUAUUGUUGACUAAAUAUUACUAUACUGCCUUUCUUUAGGUACAGCAGGAGAUUCUUUCACUCAUCACAGAGGUGCGGAGUUCGCGACUAAAGAUGCCGGCAAUGGCAGACACUGUGCUCAGACACAUAAAGGCGCUUGGUGGUAUCGAGGUUGUCAUUUAGCGAACUUGAAUGGUCUCUAUCUUCACGGCGCACACAAGUCGUUUGCAGAUGGUAUCAACUGGAAAACUUGGAAAGGAUAUAACUAUUCUCUGAAAUCAACAUCAAUGAAAAUCCGACGUCGUCCAUUUUUUAAACCAUAAAAUCAUGAUCAGCAUGUAAUUAUUAUGCGCUAGUAAAAUGUUUCAACAAUACAGGUAUAACUGUACCUACAGUAGUUUUUAAAAUAAACAAUAUAUCUACUUCGUAUAAGAUCCACCAUAAUUGGAUAAUGUAUCAAAAUAGGAAACAUUAAAAAAAACAAUGAUACGAAUUGGUAUCGUAAAUUGUAGCGAGUUCAGUUGGAGAAAAAUGAAAGGGGAAAGCUUUGGGUAUGUGGAUGAUUUAAGGUAUAAAAACGCGAAGUAUGUAGAUAAUACAACUACCUGAUAAAUACAAAAACAAUUUCGACGUUUCGAGAGAAGGUCCUGUAUACUUUAGGCAAUUGCAUCAUCUGAAAAUGGGGAGGAGGGGGUCAGUGUACUUCUAGAUAGACAAAUUUGGCUAACGUUUGUUUAUCAUAUGUAUGUAUGUAAUGUAUGUAAACUUUAUUUAAAGACGUUAGCCUCGUCAACGACUUGUUGAUUUUCACGAGGGACGUCUGUUACUAAUAAAAAUUACAAAUAUGAUAUAGAAAAGAAUAAAGAAUUAUAUACAACUAUUUACAAUACAAGAAUUAAGUUCCAAACGGUGUGACCCAAAUUUCUAAAGCAUGCAUAUACAGUAUAUUAGAAGAUGUUAGCGUGAAACUUUCAGGCAGUUUUUAAAAGAAUAAAUUGAUUGCGCUAGCUUCGCAUCAGAAGGAAGACUAUUCCACAAUUUAGCUCCGCUAUACUUAAAGCUUUUUUUUAGAAAUUCUCGUUUUGGCUUAGCAAGGGUAAGGUCAGUGUAAGUAUUGCGAAGAUUAUAACUGGUUUGAACAAGGUCCCUUCUCGUUAGAGCAUCCUUCAAGUUCGGCCCAGCGCAAUCAUUCAGGACUUUAUACAUUAAUGUGGAUUUAGUUGUACGUUGUCUUAUCUCUAAAUUUUCCCAAACAAGGGAUCGAAGAACAUCAGCAGACCUUAUUUCAUAGCUGGCGCCGGUUAUAAUUCUCGCUGCACGGUUUUGGAACUUUUGAAGCUUAUCUUUCAGCUGUUGGUUACAGACGUCCCAUAAUGGACUACAAUAAUCAAAAUACGGUUCUAUCAAAGCUCUGUAAAUGGUAUGCAGGGUAUUUAUAGGAACAUAUGGCUUAAUUCGUUGCAUUGCUCCUAUUCCGGCCCCAACUUUCUUACAAAUCAUUUCAACAUGCUCAUGCCAAUUAAGGUUUUCAUCAAGUUUAACCCCAAGGCAUGUGUAUGAAUGAGCAAGAGUUAUGAAUUGGUUAUUCAUCAUUACUGGAAUAUCAUAUGUCAUAGUAUCAGUACUAUACUUUGAACCGAUAUACAUUAAUUUGGUCUUGGUUGGGGGUGGUGUUGCAGUUUAUUUCGAGCAAGCCACUCACCGACUUUUUUCAGGUCGUUAUUUAGAUUUUCAGUAAGUUCCUCAAUAGUUUUGGCAGAAGUAGAAAUUUGAGUAUCAUCAGCGUAUAGGUGUGGCGAAGUUUUUUCGAGGCAUUCGGGUAAAUCAUUAAUAUAUAAUAAAAACAGCAAGGGACCAAGAAUUGAUCCCUGCGGAACUCCGCACACAAUCGUUUUAGGUGAUGACAUUGCGCCGUUGACAAUGCAUGCUUGCUCUCUAUUAGUUAGAUAGGACUUAAACCAAUCCAGUUCCACAUUUUUUAUUCCAAAUUGAUCAUUCAUCUUUUGCAAUAAGAUUGUAUGAUCAAUAGAAUCAAAAGCUUUUCUAAUAUCAAGGAAAACAACACCACUCAGCUGACCAUUAUCCAUGUUCUCAUAAAGUGUGUCACACAUUUGAAUGAGUGUUGUUAAAGUUGAAUGCUUAGGCCGAAAGCCAGAUUGAUGUUUAGAUAGCAGCGAAUUAUCAUUCAAAAACUUAUAAAUUUGGUUGAAAACCGAUCUCUCUAGUAUUUUACUGACAAUAGGCAAUAUAGAUAUCGGUCGGUAAUUUUCACAUCUUUGUCUAUCAUCAGAUUUAAAAAUUGGCAUUACCCACGCCUUUUUCCAUUCAUCAACAUAUAUCCCAGUUUUGAUUGAAAGAUUAUAAAUCCAUGUUAAUGAAGGACCAAUAACUUUCGCGGACAAUUUAUGAGCUAUAGCAGGGAUGUUAUCAAUACCGGUAGACUUUGAAAUUUUAAGAUUACGUAAUUGACAAAUAAUAUCAUCCAUACUAAUUUCAGAAAACUUAAAAUUUAUAUUAGAGUAAUAGUUAGAGUGGUAAUUUUCAUCAUCUGAAAAGUUCGUACAUGGAGAAUCGUUCUCAAUUUCAUUAGCCAAAUUUACCCCGAUGUUAACAAAGAAGUCAUUAAACGCCUCAGCUUUCAAAGUAUCAUCUGAAAUCACAACAUCAUCACAUUUAAGUUGAGAGAUAUUAUUUGAUUUUUUGUUUUUACCUAAGAGAAUAUUAAUUAACUUCCAACCAUGUUUCAUAUCUUUCGAUUGUGCGCAGUUCUCAAAUUUGUUACAGAAAAAUGCUGUUUUAGCUUUAGUUAGUUCUGAAUUGACUUUGUUACGUAUUUCUUUGAAUUUCUCCCAGUGAAUCUGGGAAUUAUUUUUAACAGCCAUUUUCUUGUAAGAGUCCCUAACCCUCAUCAGAUUUUUGAUAUCAGGGGAAAUCCAAGGAAUAGAAGUCUCAUCAGUCUUAGGGGCGCAUGCCAAUCAAGGACGU